UAUAUGAAUUACAUUUUGAAUAUGAAGAAUUAUAUGAUUAUGAAAUAAAUAAACCAGAAGCAAAAGCUUUACUUGGUUAUUUACCUAUUAUAAAAACACAUAAUCAAAGUGAAAAAAAUUUUGAUACUUAUCGAAAAGCUAAUUGA